UGUUGUUAACUAUUGGAGCAGCUCAGUGAAAACAAACUGUGACGUGGCUAAUCCAUGGUGGACAAAAAGAGCGAGAAAACCUCUGUCAAUAAACUGUCUAGUGGAAAACUGGGAGGUGUUUAACGUGUAAAAAUACGAGUGCAAACCGAAAUAAAGAAGAUAAAGUUUCCUGCUGUCGAUUUUGUGAAAGGAAACCGGUGGAGUCUCUGGUUACGUUGACUGCUAGUUAGCAUCCAGACUUUGACAGGAGAGAAGGUAUGUGCUAAGACAUUAAGAUGUCAGACAGUGAAGCUACAGCAGCGGAGGCUCCAGAGGUGUCAACACCAGAGAGUCAGGAUGCCUCUCCUGCCGGAACACCCGACAGCUCCUCGCAGAUCACGCCUGACACCUCGACGGACGUGGCUCCGACGAGGAAAGCCCGGAGGAGACCAGAACCCAAACCUGCAGCCGAAGUCGAGGAGAAGCCGAAAGUAGAGGAGCAGCCAACCAAGACACCCAGUGAGUCCACUGUGUCACAGGGUGGUUGGGGAUACUGGGGCAGCUGGGGAAAAUCCAUCUUAUCUACAGCAACAGCUACUGUGGCCACUGUGGGCCAGGGUCUCACAAAUGUGAUAGAGAAGGCAGAGACGACACUGGGAAUCCCCAGUCCCACUGAACUCUCUGCACAAGUUGAGGAAGAGGAGAAAGAGCUGGGUGAAGGCAACAGUGAGGCAGACAAAGUGGCAGCAGACGGGUCGGCAGCAGUGGGCAGUGCAAUGGGAAUGCUGACGUCGCUCACCAACGUUGUACAGAGUACUGGGAAAACAGUGAUAACAGGCGGACUGGACGCUCUGGAGUUCAUCGGGAAGAAGACAAUGGAUGUGAUAGCAGAGGGCGAUCCCGGCUUUAAGAAGACCAAAGGACUGAUGAUCAGGAACGCCACUCUGUCUCAGGUGUUGAGGGAGGCGAAGGAGCGCGAGGAGCUGCAGACAGCAGAGACAGCAGAGUCUGAUUCAGAGAAGAAGGUGGUCGCUCACUAUGGGAUGCUGUUUGAUGAGUUUCAGGGUCUCUCGCACCUCGAGGCGCUGGAGAUUCUUUCCCGAGACAGCGAGUCGAAGGUGAAGUCAGUGCUGACCACUCUAUCAGGAGAGGAGCUGGUUCAGCUCAGAGAAGAGCUGGAACUCAUCAAGGACGCUUUCUCCCUGGUGGAGUUUGAUGAUGAGGAGGUCGACGAGAACAAAGAUGAAGACGGCUCGGAGUUUGAGAGAGAGUUAACAGAGGCCCUGGAGGGUCUGAGUGUCACUGCUACAGCUGAAAAACUCAGCAAGGCCUGUAAGAGCACCUGCAGCCAGAUCACUGAUAUAACCAAGCCAGAGGAGGAAGGUGGUGAGGAGGAUGCAAAGAAAACACUCUCUGUAGAGGAGGUUCAUGCUGCAGCCAUCAGGAGUCUGGCAGAGCUGACAGCUCGAUCCAUCGAGCUUUUCCACAAGCUGGCUGAGAUGAUCCUCUUCUCCAACGGCAGCACAGAGGCCAGCGUUCUGUCACAGUUAACUGUUGUCCUGUGUAAAGAAAUCUCACUGCUAUCCAAGAAGUUCACAUCCUGUUUAACAACAGCAGGGUCAAACGAGAAGGGAGACGUCCUCAACCCACUGAUAACAGGGGUCUUUUUAGAGGCAUCCAACAGUGCAUCUUACAUCCAGGAUGCUUUCCAGCUGCUGAUGCCCAUCCUGGAGAUCUCCCACAUCCAGAGGAGAUCUGAGUCCACAGCGCAGUAAACCAGCUGAUGUCACCUCCGCCCUCCAUCGCUGCCAUGACGCUGGGACGCUGUCACCGUGGAGAACUGACACAUCUUUGAAACUUUUUUUUUUUUUUUAAAUGGGUUGCGUCAGCUCUUCUGUCUGGUUUUCGGCUCAGGAGUAAAUCAAUUUCACACCUGGGAGAAGUGUGUUUUUUUGUCAAACAGUGUUAACUUUUUCAGGAUAUGCUAGUUUGAUUGUGAAGCCCAGUAGAUGGACUCAUCGAAGUACAGUGUUAAGAGGGUUUGGAUCAACCAGGUGUGAGGGGAACAAAUGCAUCUCUGUAAAACAUGGAGCGACUUGUUCUUCUUCCUUUUAUUCCAUCACAUACUUGUUUUCUGACAGCAGCACUUGUGCUUUUAACCCAAAAAUUCUCAAUUCUGCCUCGAAGAACACUGACAGAAAACACAUAUAAGAUGGUACACCGGUGGUAAUUUGUUAUAAAUAAAAAUGUGUAUCUCUUGAUAAAUAUCACAAUGUAUUGAUAAUAUAUUUUUUCUCUUUCUCUGCAAUUACAGAGAAUAUUUGGGAAUGAGUUUUCUAUGCACAUCUCUCUAAAACACUGCCGUGCAACAUGUUGCAGGAGCAGUUAGAGGCUCAGUGUCUUUGCUCAAGGGCAACGUGUCGCCAGGCCAGCAACUUUUUGUCUGACAAACAGGGUCAAGCCUUGAAUCACAUUUUCAAAUCUCUAAACGCACAGAUGUUCUUUCAGUUUUUGCCAACCAUGGUAUCAUCCUCAAAUCAUGUGCAGACUGGCUGUAAUUAGUCUACAUGAUUGUAGAUCUAAUGACAGCUGUUUGUAGACGGAAAGAGUUAAUUACCAUACAUGCAGUUCAACUUAGGUGCUUUCUUGCUUUUAGCUCUCUGCAUUGAGAGGCUCAGCUCAGCUUUUUCAGAAAAACACUAUUACAGCUAUGAAUGUUACCUGAAUGCUCAGACAUUUUCCUUUUGGAGUCUUGAAAGACUUAGAACACACACACACACAGUUUGUUCUUGAAGACUUGCAACUGCACUUCACCUCUUGAGACAACAUUGUUCAUAAUUUGGAUUACCUCCAAAAAAAAAAAAACAGCUCUUGUGUUCUGUUAAAGACAGACCAACCCAAACAGAUCUGUACUCAGACAUCUUUAACUUUCAGAUGAGUGAAGUAAUCGUCAAAGUACUUUUUUGUAAAAGCUCUUAACACCACAUUCUUAGUCUGGAAACUUACUCUUCCAUUUCUCGCUGCUCCUUCAUUGACCUCUAUCCUGAAAAGUGUUGGUCCCUCAAGAGAAAUCUUCUGUUUCAUCCUCAGCUCUCUUUUGCCUUCAUUCCCCUCUCUUGUAAAUUCUGUUUGGAGAAACAUGUCAUAAAUUGUACAUUUUUUUGUCAUUUUGUCCUUGUUGCCCUCUCAAUUCAUUAUUCGUAAAACUUCAGUAUAACUUCAGGUGUUUAUUAUCUGCCAUGGAGAUUGUGAUGGUCUUCUUUAUGAUAUUGAACUGCUAACAGCUGUGUGUUGUGGGCAUGUGAAGUGAUAUCCUUUCGAGCAAUAUACUGUACUGUAUAUCAGGUAUUUGAGAUGGGUUUUCAAAUAAAUGUGAUUUCAAAUAAG